AUGGCUGAUCACUUACAAUGCAUGAUCCUUCCUCGUCACAGGAGAAGACGGUCUAGAGCAUCGACGGAGUACUUAGGAGUACGGCGGAGACCAUGGGGGCGUUAUGCGGCGGAGAUUAGAAACCCUUAUACUAAGGAGAGACACUGGUUAGGCACAUUUGAUACGGCGGAGGAAGCAGCAUUAGUUUAUGAUAUGUCGUCGAUCACCUUUAGUGGCAUCGGUAGAGCUCAAACUAAUUUUUACUAUCCAUUUCUUACUAUGCCUUCUCCACCUCCUCCACCGCCGCCUCCGCCACCUUCUCCUUCGGAGGAGGAGAAGGAAUAUUGCUCUGGGUAUAACUUGGAGAUUGGUGAAGAUCAUGGUCAUUUGGUUGAUGGUGAUGACGAUGAUUCAAUGACUAUCGCCACCAUUUUGCAGAGUUUUCGCCAAUCGAAUGCAUUUCCUUCAUCUUCGAUGCUAUGA